AUUAUCAACUUAUUUUAUAAAACAAAAUUCUAACAAAUAAUAUAACUAGAUCGUUAAAACAUUUAUCGCAAAAUUCAUUAGUCAAACCUAUUAAUGAAAUCCGUUGGUCAAACCAACCCACGCAACCAACUAUUUUUUUCUACUACGUAUAUGAAAUGCAACUAACUUUUUAACAACAACCCGCCAAAAACCAAACAUGACUUAUACUCUACAUCCAAAUACUCAUGGUACUUUGUACGGAGUAUAAUUUAUGCAUUGAUAUGUGUGUAUAAUAACUUAUGUAAACUAAGUUAAACUAUUAAUCCCCGUCAAAAAAAAAAAUCCCGUCAAAAAAAGUAAAACUAUUAAUUAAUUUUCUACUUACAAACAGUAAUGUGACUUAAACAUUUGAUGCAAUCCGAUAGUCAAAUCAACCAAUUUAACUAACUAAAUUCUUUUCUUAUAUAGAAUGUAAACCGACUUUAACAACCAAAAAGGCAAAAACCCGCUAAUUACCGAACAGGACUUCCCCUCUACAAAGAACUUCCUCACUUAAACACAAACUAGCGAUAAUACGAAGUACGAACCAACAAAAAGUGUGCAAUUUUGACCAUUGUCCAUAAAAAAUUUCAACACGAGGGCAUUAUUGUCCUUUUCAAAUUUGUAUACAAUAACAAAUACGUUAAUACCUCAAUACUAGUACCAGGUGAAUGGAAAUAUUACUAACUCAGAAAAAAAAAAAAAAAAGAAGACGAAAGAGGAAGAAGAGGCGCUGAGAAUUUGAACUUGUGUAAAAAAAUUCAGAGGGAGAAGCAAAUUUCAAUCAAUUUCCCUCCAAACUUUCAACACUCAACGACUAUCAAUCACCCCCAAUUUCUUCAGAUUUCAUGCCUUCAAUUCGCUAGGGUUUCUAAUUCUCUCUCUUCUUCUCAAUUUCUGCAAUUUUUCCCUUAAUUUUUUCAUUUUUUUUGAAAUUAUUCCAUCUACUUUGGAAAUCUCAGCAUCAACAAUGGCGGCAGCAACUUCAUCGCCAGUUCUUAGCAAUAAUGGCUCUGAAACGAGUGGUAAUAACGGUAUCGCAACUCCUCCGCCGCCGUCAGCGACACCGCCGUCCGCCGCGAAAAGUCCCGGACUUCCGACGAUUACGUUGCAUAGACCCGACCCGCCCAAGAAUCUUCGGGGUCUCAAUAAACCAAAGUGUAUUAAGUGUGGAAAUGUCGCUAGGUCUAGGUGUCCUUACCAGUCUUGUAAAAGUUGCUGUUCUAAAGCCCAGAAUCCUUGUCAUAUACAUGUUUUAAAGCCAAAUUCCACACUAGCAGAUAGGGGAGGAGCUUCUCCAAACUCCACUGUACCUGAGCAGCAGCCUAAUGAAGCGGCAGCUCCCGGGCCUCAGUCGAAAGCAGCUUCACUUCGACAGCUUUCUAGCACUUUCUCACAAUUCAACAAUGUGCAUAUUCCAGUCCGGUCAAGGAAACCACCAACUAGAAAGGAGGCGUUGAUUACAAAUGAAUGGAGAUUUGCCAAGUUAAAAGAAUAUAAAGAGGGAAACAUUGAAGCAGAAAAUGUAGCUUUUGAUAGAUACAUGCAGAAUAUCAGUUUACUAAAAGAGGUAUUCAAUGUUAAUUCCGAGAGGCCAGAUGAAAAUGGUUCCAUGGUGUCAAAUCCUCCCACAACUUCUGGUGAGAGAAUGGAGAUUAUUUCAGAGACCAAGGUAAUGCUUAGAUCCAAUCCUGUUAGAAUUGAUGCGUUCAGGAAGAGGAUUCGGCAGACAAUAGAUCAGGGAUUAGAAAAGCUACAGACGUGUAAUUCAAUUGACGUUCCUAGCAACUUAGACAAUGAAGAUGAUCCAGCCCCAAAAGUAGCUAAAAAUUGGUGGUCUGGGAAGACCUCGCCCUUGAAUGAAUUGAACUUCAAGUUAGAUAAAGCUAGAAAUGAGGAGGAUUUGAAGCACUGUAUCCAGUUGAAGUCCAAAAUUACAGGUCAACAAAAAUUAAGCUCGGGAAAGAAAACCGAGAAUUUUGAGGUAUUGGAGGACCAGAUCAUCCAUAACAAAUUGCCUUCUGCACAAGAAUAUGACGUUUCUUUAAAGCUGGUGAGAACUACUGAAAUUGAUCAGGAUGCUUUGAAUCGCAUGGAUUCUCGUUUUUCAUCCCUAGAAGAAAUAGAAGAUUUAUAAUUUUUGAACUCUCCUUAUCUCAUUAGAGGGUUGUGAAUUAUCUAACAUUUGAUGUAAUCUUGUUAUAAUUUUCAAGAGUAUAAAUUGUUAUAAUUCCGCUUUACUGAUAAAACUUGCUAAGGAGUUGGGACAUCUGCAACUGGUUUGAUAUGUUUGUGUGGGCAUGGGAAUUUUAUAUUUGACAUGUCUUUUUGAUAACCUAUGUUACUAUGUACACGUGAUGUAUGCUUUAAAUUUUCUAAAUAUAGAUGCAGUUAUACACCAAUCAUUCUAAGAAACAAGUAAAGAUUAAGAGCAUUUUAGGUAUUUUACAUGGAACCUUACCUCAAGACAACAAAAAAAAUUACCUACAACUGUGGUGUAUAUCAUAUGGUAUAAACCGUAUAAUACCCUCCCUUCCAGCCAAUUAAAACUACAAAUUAAUUUUUAUUUUUUAACAACAAAUUUAAAAAAACCCCACUAUUUCCCCCUUUUUGUAUAAAGACCGUUGUAUCGCUUGAUAUUAUAGCUUUACCAGAAAUUCUCUCACCUUAUAGCAACAAUAACGCAGGUGGUUAAUUGGAAAACCCGAUUUAAUUAGGAUGCACAAAAUAAAAAGUUAUACCAUGAGCAAAAUAUUACUUCAAAAAAAAAAAAAAAAAAAAAGAAAAGAAAAAAUUGCACAUCAAUUUAAUUAAUGUAUAUACUCCAUAUUUCAUUAAUACUUUAUCAUUUUAGCUUCAUAUACAUUUUUAAUCGGCUAGGCACUUUGGGUUUAAGACUGGGGCAAAGAUAAGAGAAUUCUCACUGUAAAUGUCUCUAGUGGAGUUUGAUCCGCAACCUCUCGAUUGUGAGACGUAUAGUUUCCCGCUACGACAAGCUUUGUAUGGUUUUAGCUUCUUAUACAAGCCUAAGAAUUUUCCAUACAGAAAUUCGUUCUCUCCUCCUCACUCACGCCGGUACAUUUACUCCUCCCGGACGGCGGUUUCCCGGCGCUCUCUUCAGCCAUUGAAAGCUCCACAAUGUACUGCGCUUUUAGCUCAAGCACCCUUCUGCCAUUAUAUUCCUUGAGGGGAGGAAGGGGCAGGUUUAUUGUCAUAAUAUUAGAAGUGUGAAGGAAUGUGAAACAAGGUCAUACAAAUUGCUUCUUUAUUGGUGUCAUAGGAUUAUUUUGGCUGUCCUAAACUGCAAUGAUCACUCAUCUACCUGCUAUUACUGACUCCCUUGCGCUGGCUUUGGAAGCAAAGAGUGUAGAAGAGUCUAUUGCAAUCCUACAUAGAGUGCUUGAGGAUCCUUCUUCUUCGCCUGAUAACUUGCGCAUAAAGGAACAGGCAAUUACAAAGCUCACUGAAUUUCUGACGCAAGAAAUCAAGGCUGAGAACCUUGGGACCCUUCUGACCCAAUUGAGGCCCUACUUCACUUUGAUCCCCAAAGCUAAAACUGCAAAACUUGACGGGGAAUAAUUGAUGCAGUGGUUAAAGUACCUGGUACAACUGAACUCCAGAUCUCUCUUUGCAGAGAAAUGGUACAGUGGACCCAUGCUGAUAAACAAACUUUCAUUCGUCAGCGUGUUGAGGCCAGACUUGCUGCUCUGUUGAUGGAGAUCAAAGAGUAUACUGAAGCACUGUCUCUCCUCUCAAAUCUGAUAAAGGAGGUCAGAAGACUAGAUGACAAACUUCUCUUGGUAGAUAUUGAGUUGCUCGAGAACAAGCUUCAUUUUUCUUUGAGAAAUCUCCCAAGGCUAAGGCAGCGCUUACUGCAGCUUGAACAGCAGCCAAUGCCAUAUAUGUGCCUCCGGCUCAACAAGGGACCAUAGACCUUCAGAGUGGAAUACUCCAUGCUGAGAAGAAAGACUAUAAAACUGCCUAUAGCUACUUUUAUGAAGCUUUUGAGGCCUUUGAUCCUCUUGAGGAUCCCAGAGCGGUCUACAGUAUGAAAUACAUGCUCUUGUGCAAAGUGAUGGUGAAUCAAGCUGAUGAUGUUGCUGAAAUAAUAUCUUCCAAAGCAGGCCUACGAUACUUGGGCCCAGAUCUUGAUGCGAUAAAAGCUAUUGCUGAUGCCUAUUCAAACCGUUCUCUGAAACUCUUUGAGGCUUCAUUGGAGAACUUCAAGGCUCAAUUAGGAGAAGAUCCUAUUAUUUGCAGGCACUUAUUGUCUCUUAAUGGUACUCUAUUACAGCAGAACCUUGCAGAUUGAUUGAACCAUUUUUAAAAGUUGAGGUCUCCCACAUUGCAGAAUUGAUCGAGCUUCCCGUUGAUCAUGUGGAGAGCAGAACCUUUGCAGAUUGAUUGAACCAUUUUUAAAAGUUGAGGUCUCCCACAUUGCAGAAUUGAUCGAGCUUCCCGUUGAUCAUGUGGAGCGUAAAUUGUCUCAAAUGAUUUUGGAUAAAAAAUUUGCAGGGACUCUUGAUCAAGGUGCUGGAUGCCUCAUUAUUUUUAAUGAUACCAAGACUGAUGCUAUCUAUGAAGCAACACUAGAAUUGAUCUCCAAUGUUGCUAAGGUUGUAGACAGUCUGUUUGACAGAUCACCUGAUAUUACAAGGCAUUGGGACCUUGCAAUGUGCCUGCCUUAGUGACAUGAAGCAUUUUUGCUUAUCGAAUAGUAGGACGAUCCGUUAGCAUAAAAUUGAAGAGUUGUAGAAACUGGUGUUUAUUUUACACUUCGAAUAUUGACUGAGUUUUAGGUUGGUUUCAGAUUAUGACCAGCCAAUUUAUCAUUCAGUUUUGUUACUUUGUCAGUGACAGUUGAAGAGAUCCCAUUGUUAUUUCAAGAUCACCGAAUAAUGUAACUUUUGAGACGACGUUCAUCCGAACAUCAAACAAUUAGUACUGAUUUAUAUAAGCAGGAUAUUAUGUUAACAGUUGAUGUAAGCUAAUGACUAAAGAGUUUCGGAAGUAGUUGUGAUCUGAGUACCAAUUAGUCUCAUGU